CAGGAGUGACAAGUGUGCAGCUUCCAAGAGCAUCCUGUUCCUCCCAUCCGUCGAUCCUAUUCGCCUGUUAGAUCACUUUCACCAUCCCAUCAAAGCAGAUCCUCACCUUCAGAAACUAGCAAAGAUGUGACUGAUUAUGGAGGUGAACGUUGGCAGGCUGCAAGGCGAGAACGUAAUGCUAAGAUAGAUGUGUUGAUGGAGCAGCUGGUGGAUGCACUUAAGGAUGCCUCUGAACAUCUUGAUGAGGCUGAACAGCAGCUACAAGAUUACAGCCCUUCAGUCACGGAUUCAACCAGCAAUUUCAACCAGCACCUUAUAGCUUGUGAGGGUCUGAUAAACACAAUACAGCAUCUGGACCGUGUGUUGAAAAUUGAGACAGGUGCCAUCAACAUACCUAGUGCUGACCUUCAGAUUGCCAGGGUAUUUGAGCGAUGGGAACAGCUGCAGUCUCUUGCAUCAGAGAGUGACCAAAGGCUGUCACAGCAGCAGCAUGAGCUGGUCAAGUUCCAUACUGAUGUAGAGGCUCUACUGGCAUGGAUGGAUGAGGCCGAGGCUCUGCAGUCAACACACAGUCAUAUUCCUUCAGAUAUCACAGAUCUUAACAUUGUCAUCAGGCAGCAUAAGGAUUUUAUGGUCCAGUUGGAGGCUAAAAAGGCUCAUGUGCUCUCCGUCAGACUGCUUAGUAAAAACUUUGUCAACACAACACCGGAGGGAAGACAACUGCGUACUCGCCUGAAAGAGCUGGAUCAGCGAUGGGAAGCACUUACAGCUUCUGCAGCUAGAACACAACAAGCUCUGCAAGGAGCCUUACUGAAGUGUGAGGAGUUCCACCAUACUGUGCAUGAUUACCUGGUGUGGAUGGAAAGAAUGGAAGAGAGGCUUCAGCGCUGUGAACCAGUGAGACUGAGUCCUGAUCAUUCAGUCCUGUGGAGCAAAUACAUGACACUAAAGGAGCUGCAAAGAGAACUUGAAGCUAAUCAGGGAGAAGUACUCACAUUACGGGAAACUGCUGAGCAGCUUCUUGUCAGUGGAGAAUCCCCUGAGAUGGCAGCAGCCCGCGACAAAACACGCAUCAUUGCUAACAGACUGCGCACUUUGCUGCAUCUAACAUCUUCUUACAUUGAAUCACUGGAAACAAAACUGGGUGUGAAGUCCUCCAGUGUUGAUGCAAGAGAGGUUCGUCAACCAGCUGCUGUUCACCGAACCGUUCGCACACGAACAAGGUCACCAUUUGCUGUCUUGCGCAGGCUUCUUUUUGGGGUGCCACCCAUUUCACUUCCUGCCAGCGACACAGACAGUGUGAACUUAACUACAGAAUCUAAGGAUGUGAUUGCAUCUCAUUUAAUUGCUCAUCCAAGAAGGCGACCUUUGCUUCAGCGUGUGCUCUGUGCAGCUUUGCCACUGCAGGUGUUGCUGCUACUGCUGCUGGGUGUGGCCUGUCUUGUGCCAGUGUGUGAGGAUGACUCCUAUACUUGCCUCUUGUCCAACAACAUGCGCAAGUCACUGACUCCCAUGCUACAUUAUACCCAGGGGGCUCCACCAACAUAGUCAACUGCAUUAUUCACAGGACUUCUUAGACAAUUCCAAAGCACAUAUAUUUUCUUGUACUGCUUUCAUAGAUUGGUGUCCCAGAUCGACCAAAAGUUCAGUCACGAUUUUAUUUGCGAUCAUCAAACACAGGAACAAAAAUCAAGUUUUCCCUCAGUUUUAUAAACUAUAUAUAAGAUUAUCCUUAAGAAAAUUGAGAUGCCAUAAUUAUUUUACUAAUACCAAACCAGUCCACGGCGUUUUUGGAAUCUCAAUACACGACUUUAUUACUAGUAAAAAAAAUUAUGUUACAAACUGAACUAAUAACACAAUUUUUGCCAACAUUUUUCUGAUUUUUAAACUUUGCAUUAAGGCACUAACAUCUUGAUGUUUUAUCUUCGUGCCUGCAUUCAGAUUUAUGGACUCUAAUGUUUUUAUUUCCUUUAACACUUCUUUUAAUGUAAUGCAUUUUUAUGAAGAUUAGAAAAAUAUCUAGUGAUGUUCUGAGGAAAAUGUGAUUCAAAAUUUUGUAUACCUAAAUGUUCUGAAUAAACAAGUUUGAUGAUUUAAAAUAAAUAUUUAUUCUGAAAAUCAAGCAUAAUCUGGGCACCUUAUUCACAGCGUUGCAUAUUUUUUAUGCUGGAAAUCUUGCGUAUACUUGUGAAGAUUACUAAUAAAAGUGAAAGAUGGCAGCUCAGAAACAUAUAUUUUGUCAUUGAUCACACAAUCUAUGUGUUAUGCAUGUUUUCUCACGUAACAUUGAAAUAGGUCUUCAGAUGAAGAGAUAGUUAUAUCGGCACCUUCUUGUGUAAUCUUUUUUCCUGAACAUGUAAUCAUCACCUCUUUAGCAGAUGUUGUGCAGGUCAUGAAUGUUUAAAAAUGGUAGUUGCAAGGAAUGCAUGUUGGUGAUUAGUGUUUGUAAACGAUAUCUGGAAAUGAUGAAUGACAUGCUAUAAAGACAAAACUGAGGAACAACAUUCUUAAGAGACAAUGUUCAUGAUUUUAUUUUCUCUGUACAAGCAUGUAAAAGUUAAAAAAAUAAUUGUACAAAGAUGCGUGGAAGCAGACCCAUUUGUAGCAAAUAAGCACCUACCUUUGUUAUCCAUUGGGUUUUUGUCAGCUUAUAUCUGUUUUAUCAUAUUGGAUAAUCAGAAAUGCCAUUUCUGAACAAAUUAAUUCUUUGGCAUCAAAAGGAAGCAUUUAUGAAAAUAUUCAGGUAUAAACUGCUAAUAAUGGAUAAACCUCCAUUUUGAUUAAACUGCCCAGUCAUGAAUUUAUUUCACAUUUAACCUAAAUCCAUUUUUCUUUUUACUUUUGUUUUGAGAUUGGGAUUUGGAUUGGAGUUAACUACUUUUACAGCUAUGGUGGAUUUUUUUUUUUCCUUGACAUUGUUGUCAGUUUCCUAGAUGAAGGAAUGCACAGGGAAUAUCUCUCUGCUGUUGAUAUUUACCCAAACUCUGUGAUACCAAAUAUGUUUGUACAUCUAUUUGAAUUAUUCAGCAUUUGCUAUGUAAAAUGUUACUUCACUAUUCAAAAGCUAUUAAAUAUUAACUUGCAUAUUUGUUAUAUAUUAUGCAAUAUUAAUAAAUUUCAUUUGUUUCUAAAGUUUUGUUACUGUGUUUAAUGCUUUGAUCGUGUUUUAGUGUUACUGUGUGCAUGGAAGUAGCAUCAUAACUGGUCCUAUAUUCUGUAUUUAGCACUGAGAAAUAUAAUGUACAGUUGAUAGAACUUUUUUGUACCUUAAUUUGUCUCUACAUCAUGUUAAACAAUAAACAAAUGGCAAAGAA